UGGCGGAACUGUGCUCGGGUUGCUCUCGCAGUUCGCGCUGGGCAUCCCGGGCACCGAUCCUUCUCGGAGCUUCUCCGCCGCCGCCAUGGCGACCAUCCUGUGCCGGGUGCAGUACCUGGAUGACAUGGACCCGUUCAUCUGCACCAACUUCCCGGAGCCCCGGAGACCCCCGGUCCACAAGUUCCCGGAGAGCAGCCCGCUCAGCGAUCAGCUGCCCGCCCUGCACAAGCUGCUGGAGGCUCCGCUCAAGCUCGAGGACUGCACUCUGCAGCUAUCUUCCAAUGGAAACUACCUGGAUAUAGAACUCUCCCUGGCCGAGCAAAGGGAUUGCCUGGAAGCUUUCUUUGAAGACAUCAGCAAAGGCCGGAGACCGACUCUGAUCCUCCGGACGCAGCUGUCUGUGCGGGUUCACGCCAUCCUCGAAAAAUUGUACAACUCUAAUGGGCCAGAACUAAGGCGAUCGCUCUUCUCUCUCAAGCAGCUUUUCCAGGAAGACAAAGAUUUGGUGCCAGAGUUUGUUAACUCAGAAGGGCUGACAUGUCUGAUCAAAGUGGGGGCCGAAGCCGAUCAAAACUAUCAGAACUACAUCCUACGAGCUCUAAGUCAGAUCAUGCUAUUUGUUGAUGGCAUGAAUGGCGUCAUCAAUCACAAUGAGACCGUCCAAUGGCUGUAUACUCUCUGCGGCAGUCCGUAUCGCCUGGUGGUGAAAACAGCACUGAAGCUUUUGAUCGUCUUUGUCGAGUACACAGAAUUGAAUGCUCCACUGCUUAUUAAAGCCGUAAACACAGUAGAUCACAACAGGGGUACUAACCCGUGGUCAAACCUGGUGGAUAUUCUGGAGGAGAAGAACGGGGCGGAUUCCGAACUGCUGGUGUAUGCCAUGACACUAAUCAACAAGACUCUGGCCGCUCUUCCCGACCAGGACUCUUUCUACGACGUCACAGACUGUCUGGAGCAGCAGGGGAUGGAGAAGCUGAUCCAGCGACACAUGAACAACAAGGGGACGGACCCGGAUCUCAAGCAGCGGCUGGCUGUCUACGAGAGCUCAUUAAGACUCGAGGACGACGACAACGAGGAGUCUUCCAGCGGCCCCCGCAAGGAUCGCAGGAAGAAUUCGUUGGGGGGAGAAGAGGUACGGCGCCCGAGGCGAUCCAUGGGCAACAGCGCCGAAUUAUGGGCGAAAACCAACCAUGUUACUUCACCAACAGCGCCCCCUGUGGAGAACAGCACUCCCCUGCAGUCCGCUAUUAAACCGUACCUCUUGCAGAAGCCUGAGGUCUGCAUCGUGCCGCCUUCACCCCCCAAACAGCCGCCGAAGGAAAAUUCUCAGCCUCCGAGUCCUCCUCCUAGUCCUGGAGAGAGGAGCCCAGAAGUGCCGUCUCCCGUCGACUCUUCAUCAGAACAAGAUGGUCAGCGACUGCAGACAAUACGAGAUGGUCCAAGACUAUGGGCUACCUACAAGAGAUGGUCAGAGACUGCAGACAAUACGAGAUGGUCCAAGACUAUGGGCUACCUACAAGUGAUGGUCGGAGACUGCAGACAAUACGAGAUGGUCCAAGACUAUGGGCUACCUACAAGAGAUGAUCGGAGACUGAAGACAAUACGAGAUGGUCCAAGACUAUGGGCUACCUACAAGAGAUGGUCGGAGACUGCAGACAAUACGAGAUGGUCCAAGACUAUGGGCUACCUACAAGUGAUGGUCGGAGACUGCAGACAAUACGAGAUGGUCCAAGACUAUGGGCUACCUACAAGAGAUGAUCGGAGACUGCAGACAAUACGAGAUGGUCCAAGACUAUGGGCUACCUACAAGAGAUGGUCGAGCCCGGAGAGUGUCGGCACUCACAGCAGCAGCUGUAAUAUCUCCCUGUGUCAAUCUACCCCGGAGGCAGACAACUUGCCUGUGAUCAGUGAUCGGGGGGUAUUUAAAAACCGUUUCCUGGAGAAUCUGGCAGCCACCGAGCUGGAGAAAAUGUCCGCCUUGUCCAAAGGAAGGCAAGAGAUUUUAGCAGAAGCCGUGCGUAGUAACGCAGAAGAGGAAGAAGAGUCGGCUGGAGAACAGACAGAGGACAACACGGGCACCAGUGAGUUUGGAGAGCAGAAUGAAGGAAAGGGAGAUCUCAGUGAGAAGGAGGAGAAAAAUGAAAGUGUGAAUGAGAAAGAACUGUGUUCUGGGUCCAGCGAUUCCUCUGCCAGCAGCACCUUGGAAAGGGAGGAACGAGGAGAGAAAGAGGAACCCGAAUCAGAGCCAGUUAGUCCCGUUCCUCCGCCUACCACAGACCGCAGAAGUUCUAAGAAGUUCAUGCUGGACAUGUUUAAUCAAAAACAAAGCUCCGACCUGGACACAGAACUGCUCAACGCAAAGAACGCCGCUGCAAAUGACAUAGGAAAACCUCCAAGAGACAGGAGAGCUCCUACAGCCACUGAACAGUGCGAGGCCGAGAGUUCUCCCACGAAGGUCCCCGUUGAGAACGGCUCAGAGCCUCGCAAAGCUGUGAGAGCUCAGUACAGCAUCGACGCAGAGACUAACGCCAAGAACCUUGAAAAAACGCUCAUGAGACCCUUUAAGAAACCGGCCGAAACACUGUGGGAGAAGACGGCGCCCCACCUACAGACAGAGCUUAAAAUUAAAGAUUUGGACUUUACUGACUUGUGCGAGGAGGAGGACUUUGAUGUUCUCGAUUUUGAGGCCUCAGAAUCUGUUCCGCCUUCCCGUCUAUCCAUGGCGAACUUUUCCUCUUCCCCGUCUAUUCCAGGACUUCCUCUGCCACCCCCUCCUCCACCACCUCCAUUCGGCGGGUGCCCUGGUUUUCCUUCACCUCUCCCCCCACCACAGUUACCGCCACCUCCUCCGGCUCCACCCAGCUUCAGUGCCAUCUCUACAGACUCUAUCGCGCCAGCGUUUAGUAAGAAGAGGAAGACGGUGAAACUGUUCUGGAAAGAGAUGAAGGAGGCAGAAUGCCAGAGCCGGGGGAAAUUUGGCAAAGGCACUGUGUGGGAGUCUCUGGACAAGGUGAUGGUGGACACUGAUAAGCUUGAACAUCUUUUUGAAUCCAAAGCCAAAGAGCUGCUUCCUUCCAAGAAAGGGGCCGAUACAAAGAAGCAGACUCUGGUUGUUCUGGACCCCAAGAGGAGCAACGCCAUCAACAUUGGCCUUACUGUCCUCCCCACCGUGCACAUCAUCAAGACGGCCAUCUUGAACUUUGACGAAUAUGCAAUCAGCAAAGAGGGAAUAGAGAAAAUCCUUACGAUGGUCCCAACGGAGGAGGAGAAGCAGAAGAUUCAGGAGGCUCAGAUAGCGAACCCUGACCUGCCUCUCGGAUCGGCUGAACAGUUCCUCCUUACCUUGUCCUCUAUUAGCGGCCUGACCUCCCGCCUCCAGCUCUGGGCCUUCAAAUUGGACUAUGAGACCAUGGAGAAGGAAAUCGCAGAGCCGCUGUUUGAUUUGAAGCUGGGGAUGGAGCAGCUGUCCAAGAACAAGACAUUCAGGGUCAUCCUGGCCUCACUGCUGGCAGUCGGCAACUUCCUGAACGGUUCAUGCGCCAAGGGCUUCGACCUCAGCUACCUGGAGAAGGUGUCGGAGGUGAAGGACACAGUACACCGGCAAACGUUGCUCCAUCACAUGUGCAAUAUAGUCAUAGAGAAGUUUCCCGACACGACAGACCUGUACUCGGAAAUCGCAGCUAUAACCCGCUCUUCCAAAGUGGAUUUUGAUGAUCUUGCGGAGAGUCUGGCUCAGCUGGAGAAGAGGUGCCGGGAUUCAUGGGACAGCCUGAAAGUCAUCGCCAAGCACGAGACGAAGCCUGGCCUGAAGAACAAAAUGACCGACUUCCUCAAGAGCUGCACCGACAAAAUCGUCAUCCUCAAGAUUGUACAUCGCAGGAUUCUCAACAGGUUCCGCUCGUUCCUGUUGUAUUUGGGGUACACCUAUUCAUCUGUCCGGGAUAUGAAAAUUACCCGUUUCUGCCGGAUUAUUAGCGAAUUUGCUCUGGAGUACAGAACCGCCCGCGAAAGAGUCUUACAGCAAAAGCAGAAGCGAGCGGCUUACAGGGAGCGCAACAAGACGCGAGGGAGGAUGAUCACAGAGACUGCAAAGUUCUCUAACGCGGCGAGCACCACGGAAAACAACGUAACAAUGACCAGUUCUAGGUUACACACACAGACGUCCCAGGAGGGCCACGAAAACAUGACCAACAUGCUGAUCUCUUCCAGCGGAGAACAGAACACACGGAGGAGCAGAGGCGUCAGAAGUUUAGGCCGUGCCAGUCCACCUGACCUGUCCGGGAACAAGGAGGAGUCGGCGACGUCCCCUGUAGACACUUCUGAUGAGAUUAUGGAUAGACUCGUGCAAUCUGUGACACAGAACCCCAACCCGAGGGUGAUGGCUCCGAAAGAACGCAAGAGAUCAAGAGCAAACAGGAAAUCCCUGCGGAGAACCUUGAAGAGCGGCUUGAGUGACGAUCUGGUGCAGGCGCUGGGACUUUCCAAAACCUCAGAGGUGGCCGUGUAAUCGGCUCCGCCAUAGACUUCCUAGGUAUCAGUCCACUGCCCCCCUGUGGUGGGAUCUGGGCCACCGGCCAAGCAAGCUUAACACUCUUUCCUUGGAGCGGGAGGGUUAUCAUGCAUGGUACCCCCGGACAAUGCCAAGCAGGAGCCAACAUGAGAGGUGGCGCAUGCAGAACCCGGCUAUCGUUGCUGCAUCACUUUACCGUCCCUGAAGACCUCUUCUGAGUCGUCCAUCCAUCCUCAUCCGC